CCCGUGUCCCCAGUGUCCCCAGUGUCCCCAGUGUCCCCAGUGUCCCCCCGUGUCCCCCUGUGUCCCGGUGUCCCCGCGGCCAUGCCGGAGGCCGUGCACUACAUCCACCUGCACAACUUCAGCCGCUCUCUGCUGGAGACGCUCAACGGGCAGCGCGCGGCGGGGCAGUUCUGCGACGUCACCGUGCGCAUCCGCGAGGCGUCGCUGCGCGCCCACCGCUGCGUGCUGGCCGCCGGCAGCCCCUUCUUCCACGACAAGCUGCUGCUGGGCCACUCGGCCAUCGAGGUGCCGCCCGUGGUGCCCUCGGCCGCCGUGCGCCAGCUCGUCGAGUUCCUCUACAGUGGCAGCCUGGUGGUGGCGCAGUCCGAGGCGCUGCACAUCCUCACGGCCGCCUCGGUGCUGCAGAUCAAGACCGUCAUCGACGAGUGCACGCAGAUCAUCUCGCGGGGCCGCAAGGCGCCGGCACCGCCACCGGCACCGGCACCGGCACCGUCGCCGCCCGCCGGGCACAGCCGCAAGCAGCGGCAGCCGCUGCGCCUGGCGCCCGCGCUCAAGGAGGAGCGGCGCGGCGAGGAUGAGGAGGAGCGGGCAGGGGAUGAAGGCGUUGCCCCCCCGGCCGUGGCUCCCCCAGCCUUUGCCGCGCCGGAGCCGCGUUUUUUCGGCGCCCCCGAGGUUUUCCACGACGCUUUCCUGCCGCCCUGGCCCGGUGAUGACGGUGCCGCCUUCGGGGCGCAGCGCGGCCGGGACGCGCCGGGAGGGGACGGAUUCGGCUUCGGGUCGCCCCCGCCAUUGCCAGCGCCCUACGAGGGCGGCGUGGAGGGGGCUCCGGUGGCCAUGGCCCCCCCGGCGCCGCCAGCCGCGCCGCCCCGCGGGCCCCAGCCCCCGUACCAGUGCGGGCACUGCCAGAAGAGCUUCAGCUCCCGCAAGAACUACACCAAGCACAUGUUCAUCCACUCAGGCGAGAAGCCCCACCAGUGCUCGGUGUGCUGGCGCUCCUUCUCCCUGCGCGAUUACCUGCUGAAGCACAUGGUGACGCACACGGGCGUGCGCGCCUUCCAGUGCGGCGUGUGCUGCAAGCGCUUCACGCAGAAGAGCUCCCUCAACGUGCACAUGCGCACGCACCGCCCCGAGCGCUUCCAGUGCCGCCUCUGCACCAAGGGCUUCUCGCACCGCACCCUGCUGGAGCGCCACGCCGCCACCCGCGCACCCCGCGCCCCCGCCGGGGCCGCCGGCAGGGCUGCCACCGGGGCCAUCGACACCGGGGCCGUCGCCGGGGCUGACACCGGCGCUGACACCGGGGCCACCGCCACCACCAGGGCUGACAACGGGGCCAGUGCUGGGGCCACCUCCGGGGCCACCUCCAGGGCCACCACUGGGACUGCCACCAGAGCUGACACCGGGGCCACCUCCAGGGCCACCACCAGGGCCACCACCGGGGCUGCCACCAGGGCUGUCACCAGGGCUGACACCAGGGCUGACACCAGGGCUGACACCAGGGCCACCUGCAGGACCAUCUCCAGGGCCACCACUGGGACUGCCACCAGGGCCACCACCGGGACUGCCACCAGGGCUGCCUCCAGGGCCACCUCUGGGGCCACCACCAGGGCCACCACCGGGACUGCCACCAGGGCCGCCUCCAGGGCCCCCUCUGGGGCCACCACUGGGGCUGCCACCUGGGCCACCACCGGGGCCACCACCAGGGCCGCCACCGGGGCUGCCACCAGGACUGUCACCAGGGCCACCAGUAGGGCUGCCACCAGGGCCACUGCCAGGGCCAGCGCCGGACCCCGGCCUGGGCACGUGGCCGGACGCCGCGGGCGCCGGCCCCGCUCACACGGCGUGAGGGGGUCCCUGCCCCUCGGAGGGCCUGGAGGGUGACCCGGGGGCUCCGGGGUGCCUGCGGGUCCGGCGGAGCGCCCGCGGUGAGGCCGGGGGAGGCGGCUGAGGCGCCGGCCGAGGAUCCGGGAGGACGUCCCUGGUGACGGGAGGAGAGGAACGGAGCGCCCCGGUGGGGACGGGGGACGUGGGGAGUGCCCGGGGCCCCGAGCAGUGCCGGGAUCACCGAACAAACCCCGCCGGGCACCGCGCCAAGGCAGCCAGGAUCUGGGAGGAGGCUGAGGUGCUGUCUGUGGGAUUCGGGAGGACGUUCCUGGCAACGGGAGGAGAGGAGCGGAGUGCCCAGGGCCCCGAGCGGCGCCGGGAUCACCGAACAAACCCCGCCGGGCACCGCGCCAAGGCAGCCAGGAUCUGGGAGGAGGCUGAGGUGCUGUCUGUGGGAUUCGGGAGGACGUUCCUGGCAACGGGAGGAGAGGAACGGAGCGCCCCGGUGGGGACGGGGGACGUGGGGAGUGCCCGGGGCCCCGAGCGGCGCCGGGAUCACCGAACAAACCCCGCUGGGCACCGCGCCGAGGCCGCCGGGACCCGGGAGGAAGCUGAGGUACUGUCUGUGGGAUUCAGGAGGACAUUCCCGGUGACAGGAGGAGAGGAACAGAGCGCCCCGGUGGGGAUGGGGGGCGUGGGGAGCGCUUGGGACCCUGAGCAGGGCUGGGAUCACCGAACAAACCCCGCCGGGCACCGCGCCGAGGCCGCCGGGACCCAGGAGUGUUGGAGUCCAGGGUAUCCCUCUGGCCGCCCUGGAGGGUUUGGAGACUGUACAGGGUGGUCUGGGAUCUGUCCAGGGGGGUCAGUCAGACCCACACAGAUCCCAGGAGGACACUGCCUCUGAUUCCUGUCCAUGGGAGUGAACACUCACAUGCAGGAAGAAUCACAAAUCCUAAGAAUUUAAAAUAAGUAGUGAAUAAGGAGAAUCUCAGGGAAUCAACAACCCUGAGACAGGAGGAGACACCGAGGGUGCCUGGUGGCCCUGGCGGUGCAGAGUGGCGGCAGCAUUGACCUGGUGCCACCUGUAGAACAUUCUGGAACUGAGCUGGGCGCGGGGAUUUGAGGCACACACCGCGCCGUGAGUCCGGAGCUCGGCGGGCUGGACAGGUGGAGCUGUCCCAGCUGGAGCGGGGCAGGACCCAGGGACACCUGAGGGCCGCUCCCGGUGCUCCAGGGGCUGCAGGGGGCUCGGGAGAGGGGCUCGGACACGGCAGCGGCUCCCCGUGGGAGAUUUUGGGGGAAAGCCCUGCCUGGGGCGGCGUUCCCAGAGGAGCUGGCUCCACGGAGCUCCGUGGAGCUGUGACUGACCCCAGGGGACCUGCAGGGACACAGGGUCCCUCCCUUGUCCCCUCCCCGCCACGGUGACGAUGGCCUCGGGCUGCAUUGACCGUUUCGGUGCCGUUUUUGCUGUUUUUACACUAAAAGUCUCCAAUGGUCCCGU